CCAUGACGUGUAGCGGGAGGUCAUGUGGUGCUGCACGUGACACCAGUGCGGGUCUCAUGGACGGUGUGUUGAGGAGCUGACCGUGGGAGACAGACUUCUCUGAAGACACGCACGAGCUAUACAGAACUGCCUUGCAAUCCGUGUGUGUGAGGGCAUGUGUGUGCCAUCCUUCUAACGGAAGGCCUGCAUGGCAUUUCUUCUGCCUGUGUGUUAAUACAGCUACAGUAACACUGCUGCAUGCUGACCAUCUGAAGCCUGUGGCGUUCUGGACCCCCUGACCUCUGUGUGUGUGUGACACAAGUGUGUUAAAACCGUGUGAGACAUGGCCGUGAACUCUGAACCAAGUGAUUGGGGAUACGGUGAAAAUGACGAAGAGAAAGUGCCACUGCUUGUUCCACCACACACUCCGUCCAAGCAGCCUCAGGGCCGGACCUCGGCGCUGGGGGCGGUGUUUAUUGUGGUGAACGCCGCCCUGGGGGCAGGGCUUCUCAACUUCCCUGCUGCCUUCUACAUGGCUGGAGGAGUUGUAGCUGGAGUAGUGCUGCAGAUGUGUUUAUUGAUCUUCAUCAUCACUGGCUUGGUGAUCCUUGCUUAUUGUUCUCAGGUGAGCAACGAGAGCACGUAUCAGGAAGUGGUCCGAGCGGUGUGCGGGAAAGUUCUGGGGAUUAUAUGCGAGAUCGCCAUUGCGGUCUACACCUUUGGCACAUGCAUAGCGUUCCUCAUCAUUAUCGGAGACCAGCUGGACAAGCUGAUCAGCGCCAUGGCUCAUGAUGCGGACAGCACUGUCGUCUCUCACUGGUACACUGACCGCAAAUUCACCAUCACAGUCACCUCUGUGCUCAUCAUCCUCCCUCUGUCCAUCCCCAAAGAGAUCGGCUUCCAGAAAUAUGCCAGCACCUUUAGCGUCAUUGGUACCUGGUAUGUGACCGUCAUAAUUAUCAUCAAAUACAUCUGGCCUGACCCGGAGGUGUCACCUGGACUCAUUCCUACCAGUCCUGAAUCCUGGACUGCUGUGUUCAACGCCAUGCCGACUAUCUGCUUUGGAUUCCAGUGUCAUGUGAGCAGUGUUCCGGUGUUUAACAGUAUGAGGAACGCGACGCUGCGGCCGUGGGGAGGUGUGGUGACACUCGGCAUGAUCAUCUGCCUGUUUGUCUACACAGGAACAGGUGUGUGUGGCUUCCUGACGUUCGGUUCCACGGUGAAUCAGGAUGUAUUGUUGUCAUACCCAUCCAAAGAUAUCGCCGUGGCCAUUGCCAGAGCCUUCAUCAUCAUCAGCGUGGUCACUUCAUACCCCAUACUGCACUUCUGUGGGAGAGCCGUGUUAGAGGGUUUGUGGCUGCGUUUUAACGGGACAGACGUGGACACAGACGUGGUGAGAGAGCGAAGACGCCGAGUUCUGUACACACUUGUCUGGUUCUGUCUCACACUCAUCCUCGCUCUCACCAUCCCCGAUAUUGGGCGUGUCAUCUCGCUCAUCGGCGGCCUUGCAGCCUGCUUCAUCUUCGUUUUCCCUGGUUUGUGCUUGAUCGAGGCCAAGCUUUCAGAGCACGAUGCCAGAUCAGUCAGUUGGCACGCCUUGGUGCUUUAUGGAAUCCUCAUGGUCACAGUUGGCACCUUUAUCUUCGGCCAGACGACGACCAACGCCAUCUACAGAGACAUCAUCCACCACUGAGACCCGGCGGUGAGCUGGAAACGACACGUAAUGAAUUUAGGUGUGUUUGCACACUUGCACAGUGACCUCAGCUUUAAAUCAAAACCUUGCACAAACAAUACAAAUCUCUUAAUGAGCUCCUGAGGCUGUUCAGCAUGCGGCAUGAAGCCUCCUACAGCUGCUGUGGGGAAACGUGUUAGCGUCCAGUAACACACUACACACUCGUACUGGUUUACUAGUUUAUCUGGGAUGUCUGGGAUUUAAAAAAAAAAAAAAAAUCAAUUUCUGUAUUAACACUUAAAUCAGUUUCCUUCUGAUAUUUGUUGUCUGUGGAAAGCAUAAACUGCAACACGUGCUUAGCGUCUGAAGCAAAAGGCUAACAAUGUUGCUAACAAGUGACCAUCAACGAGGCGGCUGUUUGUGACUCAAACAAACAUCUGCUCAGUUGGUGUUUGUUUCCUUGUUUUUGUCUGAAUUGCCACUUUAAUAUAUUUAUACUUUUAAUCAGUUGAACCCUUUUACUAGAAAUGAAUGCAAAAAAAAAAAUACAAUUUUUUUAAAACACUAACCAGAAGAAUGAAUUUUCUCGAGCGCUUUAUUCCUCCUAAUGAUUAUUUACAUGGCCGGUAUGUGACUGCUCCUUUCAGCUCAAUCAGGAUCAAAUGAAAUGCUUUAAAUUGUGUACUGUAAAGUUUAGAGAAGCUGUGCAUGUGCGGUGCAUUUUUUUUUCAUGACAUUGUUUUGCUUUGUUUUUUGUUUUGGGUUUGUCUUUUUGGUUGUUUUGUUUUGUUGGUUUGUUUUUUUGUUUUGGGUUUGUCUGUUUUGUUGGUUUGUUUUUUUGUUUUGGGUUUGCCUUUUUCGUUGUUUUGUUUUGGUUUUGUUCGGUUUGUUUUUUGUUUUGUCUUGUGUUGGGUGUUUUGUUUUGGCUUGGUUUAUUUCAUUUUGUUUCAUUAUGUUUUGCUCUUCUUUUUGUUUUGGUUUGGUUGUUAUGGCUUUGUUUUGUUGUGUUUGUUUUCUUUUUGUUUGUUUUAUUUAAUUUUGGUUUGUUUUGUUUUGUUUUUGUUUUGUCUUGUUUUGGGUUUUUUGUUUUGUUUUGUUUCGUUAUGUUUUGGCUUGGUUUGUUUUGUUUUGUUUAUUGUUUUGGUUUUUUUUGUUUGGUUUGUUUUGGUUUGUAUCCAUGUUAGAAAGUGUGUUUACUCGAAACCUGUUGCUGUGGUGAGAGUCUCUCAGGCGUCAUGCUCCAUCACAUGGCAGUGAUUUAAGCCGUUACAUGUUGAACCGUUCGCUGAAGCUAACUCGCUCAUGAUGAGUGAAAGUGGUUUAGUGUAUGGAUAAAUACCUCCAUGAAAUCUGACUUUAAAUACGGCUAGCUGGCUAGCGUUACACAUACAGGCUUUUCACAGGAGUGAGUAGCAGAUCAGUCGUUUUUCUUUUUCUUUUUUUGGUUACUAGAAGUAUUGAUACGAUCACGGGACAGAGAAAUAACGCACAGCUUCUUUAAACUCUUGAUUUUGUUUCACUUUUUUAAAAAAUAUCUGAAUCACUGUUGUACUUCACUCGGUCAUUCACAGUUUCGGUCAUUCAGCAUGGCAGAGGUUUACACUUUUGUAUUUUGCGCCUGCUCUGAGAGGUUAUGUGAUGCAUCUUAUUAAUAACACACAGCAGGGGGAAAAGAAUCAGUCUGGGUAAUGAUCUUCUCAGCAAGUAGCUGAUUAUCCAAAACAAGCAGUUUGAAGCAUUCAUCUCAGCACAUGUUGCAUCAUGAACAACUUGUUUUUAUAUUUGUUUGAACUUAAUAAAGGGAAUUAAAUGUUUAAGGAA